GAGGAGAAAACAAACUAUGAGAGUAUUAGUUAUUGGCCUUGGAGGUGUAACAAAUGGGGGAAAAACAACGCUGGCAGAAAAGCUUAAGAAAAUGCUUCCCAAGUGUGAUAUAAUCUCUCAGGAUGACUUCUUUAAGCCAGAGUCUGAAGUAGAAACAGAUGAACGUGGAUUUAAGCUAUAUGAUGUACUUGAUGCCCUCUAUAUGGAUGAACUGGUGCAAAGUAUUCGCAAUUGGAUGAAAAACCCAGCAAGCUCAGAUGUUUCAAGAGAGCUGCAGAGUCCAUGUGACAAUCUGAAAAAUACAGAAGAUGUUUAUAUUUUGAUUGUUGAAGGCUUUCUUCUAUACAAUUACAAGCCACUUAAUGAACUAUGGAAUAGAAGAUAUUUUUUGACGCUUCCUUAUGAAGAGUGCAAAAGGAGAAGGAGCACCAGAGUCUAUCAGCCAGCAGAUACCCCGGGUUACUUCGAUGGACACGUAUGGCCUAUGUAUCUAAAAUACAAAAAUGAAUUGGAAGAGAACGCAAGUAACAUUGUUUAUUUGGACGGAACAAAAUCCCAAGAGGAGCUUUUAACCAGCGUGUAUAGUGAUAUAAUACAAGAACUAAAAAAGCUGAUGGAAGAAAGUAAGUAA